AUGGUUCCCAACUGCUUCUUCAUCCGACUGCCUCCCCCAGCCGCCCUUCUCGUUCUCGCCGCCGUCCUGCGCCUCUCCUCGGCCCAUGUGCUCCCUCGAGAGUUGCCCCCUCGAGAGUCGAGAAGCCUUCCGAUGCCGACGCUCAGUGCCAGGCCCUCGCCCCUGGCUGCCACUCCGGCCCCGACGCGGCCUGCCCGGCUCCGUGAGCGCGACUCGUACAACACCGUCUGCGGGUACAUAGGAGGAAACCCCGCGCUGCCGGCGACCUGUACCGAAGGUUCGCACUGCGCCGUCGACGUCCAGCAUGGAGUCAUGGGCUGCUGUCCCGAUGGCCAUGAGUGCACCCGCGGCAUCUUCACCGGCUGCGUCGACAAGAACAGCAGUCCCCAGACCCUCAGGGACCCAUACGUCUUCACCUGCCAGGGCGGCGACGUCUGCUACCGCAACUCGUUUGACGGCGGCUUCUAUCAGUACGGCUGCGGCUCUGCCUCGCACCUCGCCACCGACGUGGCCUCGACGGCUCCCGGCCGCGACCCCCUCGACGUGAGCCACGUCACCCUCGCCCUCACCGCGACGCCCACGCCUCUGGCCACGCCCGUCGUCAUCGGCACCCUCUCCUCGUCGGCCUCGGGCGCCAAGUCGGAUCCGGGCCAGGCAAGCAGUCUGAGCCCAGCCGUGCCAUCCGCCGCCGCCGAAGCAGGCGCGCCACCCAAGGACGCCCGCUCGCCCAACACAGCCGCCAUUGUGGGAGGGACCAUUGGCGGCGUCGCUGCCUUGGUGCUUCUGCUUGGCCUUUGUAUCAUGCUGUUUCGACGGAAAAGGGGCCACGGGCGCGGGCCUGGUCAGGACACGCGCUACAUCAGCCCCAUGGCCGAUGCACGCCAUCAUUUUGAGCCUCUGCCAUCGUCGCAGUCAGCUGGUCCGGAAACAGGAGCAAUGAGGCAUCGUCCGCUGGGGUCUUCCAAUCUGGCCGCAGCGCCGGACAGUGACAACUCGGCCGCGCCGCAGCCCAAGUUUCUCAGCGACGGCGCGCCUCCGAAUGGCGCUGGGAAGCCCAGAGGGCCCCCUCGAGAUUUGGAACUCGAUCAGGUGCCGCUGACAAGAGGAGUCGACGGCCUGUCCCCGGGCGUGAGGACGACGCGAGCAGCGUCCCCAGAGAAUGACAACGCGACACUGGCCACCGACGACAGCGCAAGCUCGUACCGCGGACCGCGCCGGAGCGGAGGGGGAGCCCUGUGGCAGCAGAAUCGCAGACAACGCCGCAACUUGAUGUGGAUAUGA